GAGCCCGAAUCUGGAGUAAAGGGGGUGGGGUUGUGGUGUAGGUGAGGGAGAGAAAGCGCGUGUGCGCGCUAUCCCGGGGUUACGUGGGGCGAGUAAGAAGGGACGAGCUCGAGGGAGACCAGAGAGAGAGAGAGAGAAGGGGAAGGCGGGGUGCGCGCCCGCGCGAGAGCGAGCCCGGACUCUCGCACACCCAGAGCGAGCCAGCCAGCCGGCCGGGCGGCCGCGGGAUGCCGGGCUCCAUGUUCUCCGAGAUGGAGCCUGUCAGCGACGCUGGCGGCGAAAAUGUGAACGGCGGCGGCGGUGGUGGUGGUGGUGGUGGUACCGGUACGGUUGUCGGUGCAAGUGGAGCCGCUACAGUCACUGCCACCGCCGCCGCCGCCGCCGGGACGGAAGAGGAGCAGAAAUCGUUGCGGUUCGCCUUGGAUCAUCUCUCCAUCUUGGGGCUGGGGGAGGAAGGAGACGGCCUCUUGGGCGAG